AUGAAACUAGAAAUAGUAACACUUUUGUACUUCUUGUACCUUGCCACACCAUGUCUCGCCUUUGCGAACGAGGCCAAGCGCCUCGUCGAGUUCUCCAGAACAAGAAGGUCGAUGAAUCAUCCUCGAGAUGAUGCAUCGGAGAAUAUUUACAAUUACACAAACUUGUCGGCAUAUGUCGGUUCACAAGAUGGCCUCAGAGAGACAGAUAAGAUUACCGCAUUGCCCGGGCAACCUAAUAAGGAAGCGGAAUUUGAUCAGUAUGCCGGAUAUGUGACGGUGGAUGCGAAAGCCGGGAGGGCACUUUUCUACUACUUUGUGGAGGCUCUUCAUGAUCCUUCAAAUAAACCUUUAGUUUUAUGGCUUAAUGGAGGGCCCGGGUGCUCGUCUUUGGGAGGUGGAGCAAUGCUAGAACUUGGACCCUUCUUUGUUAACCCCAAUGGCAAAACACUCUACAAGAAUAAUUAUGCAUGGAAUAAUGUGGCAAACAUGCUAUUCCUUGAGAGCCCGGCCGGUGUUGGCUACUCAUACUCCAACACCACUUCGGAUUACGACAACACGGGAGACCAGAGGACCGCCGGGGAUGCCUACACCUUUCUCAUCAAUUGGCUUGAGAGGUUCCCCGAGUACAAGAGCCGCGAUUUCUUCAUUACCGGAGAGAGCUACGGCGGGCACUACGUACCGGAGCUCGCGAAUGUUAUUGUCACCAACAACGGAUUUGCUAACACGACUGCCAUCAAGCUUAAAGGAGUUGCUAUCGGAAAUGCGUUGUUGGAUUGGGACACAAACGAUAAGGGGACCGUCGACUACUUCUGGACCCAUGCCUUGAUUUCUAAGAGCACCCACGAAGCGAUUCAGAGAUACUGCAGUUUCAACGGGACGUAUUCGAACGACUGCGAAAAUGCCCUAUCUUUAACUGUAUAUGAAAGAGGAGACAUUGAUGACUACAACAUCUACGCACCUCAGUGCGUCGAUGGUUCCAAUUCUUCGCAAUUAAAGGACUCGGUGUCGCUAGGCGAUCCUUGUUCCCCGAACUAUGUCGAAAAUUAUUUGAAUCUUCCUGACGUGCAAAGGGCUCUUCACGCAAACACUACACGCUUGAACUACCCAUGGAUAGAUUGCAGUGAUAUUGUGAAUGGUGGAAAUUGGAAAGAUGCGCCAGCAUCUAUGCUACCAUCAAUUAAGCGACUCAUCGCAAACGGCGUAAGAACAUGGUUAUACAGUGGCGACAUUGAUUCGGUCUGUCCGGUUACUUCGACACAGUACUCACUAGACAUUCUUGGACUUCCCAUAGAGGCAUCUUGGCGGCCAUGGUACAGCGACAUUGAAGAGGUCGGCGGCUACGUUGUCGGAUACAAAGGCCUAGUGUUUGCGACAGUCAGAGGAGCCGGUCACAUGGUUCCACGCUACCAACCAAAGAGAGCACUAACCUUGUUCUCGUCAUUCCUUCAAGGGAAACUUCCCCCGGAAGACGUAUCGAUAAAUUGAACAUCGGUUCUCCUUGUUCGCUUCCCAACCAAGAUCACAAUGUGGGUCAUUGUGUCAUUUAUU